GCAACACUGGUCGUCACCCCAAUUGUGUGCGUCUAUUGCGGCUGCUGUAUUUUCAAUAUUCGUUUUCACCGUAAAACAGUGCACCAAAUAAAUUAAAAACAGAAAAAAAUUGUUGCACAAUGAACACGCUAGGUCCUAAAAAGGACGGAAGUCCUAAUAUUGACUUUUUCCAAUCGCCAGAGACACUGCAAGGUUUUGAAUCGAUACGCCAAUGGCUACAAAAGAAUUGUAAAAAGUAUUUGGCGCACAGUUCGGAGCCGAUAACAAAGGAAUCACUUGCACAAUUGCUUAUACUCUUUCUGCAAUAUGUGGAGGCGAAGUUGGGCAAAAACUCGGCUGAACCGCCGGCUACGAGAAUCCCGAUGCGUUGUUUCCUGGACUUUAAACAGGGUGGGGGUCUGUGCAUCAUUUUCUCAACCAUGUUCCGUUUUCGAGCCGAGCAACGUGGCAAGAAAUUCGACUUUUCAAUUGGCAAGAAUCCCACACGGAAGGAUCCCAAUAUCCAGCUACUUAUUGAGAUCGAACAGGCGCUUGUGGAAGCAGAUCUCUAUCGUAUUCCCUACAUUUACAUUAGGCCAGAAAUUGAGAAAGCAUUUGAAUCGCGACUGCGUGAAAUUCUUGACAAUCGGCGGGUGGAAAUUGUCACCGAUGAGGAGGAUGCCACUCACAUUGUUUAUCCAGUGGUGGAUCCACAUCCAGAUGAAUAUGCUCGACCAAUAUUUAAGCGUGGUAAUCAUGUAAUGUUGCACUGGUACUAUUUUCCGGAGUCCUAUGAUUCGUGGACACUAAAUAGCUUCGAUUUGCCGGAAAAUAUACCCGAGAAUCCGGAAUCGCCAGCGGAACGUUGGCGAGUUGCUGCCUCUUGGAUUUUGGACCUGGAGCAGUACAACGAGUGGAUGGCAGAGGAGGACUACGAGGUCGAUGAGCUGGGCAAAAAGAAGACGCACAAACAACGCAUGUCCAUUGAUGACAUUAUGUCCUUCGGCGAUGACAAAAAGAAGCCCACCACCAGCAGUGGCACCGGCAAACAGAAGCGCCGCCGCUCGCCUUCACCCACUACCUCUACGUCCACAUCGAAGCCGGGCAAACGGAAGCGCUCUCCGGCCGUUAUACAUAAGAAAUCGCGCAACGACGACGACGAUGAGGAUCUCACUCGGGAUCUUGACGAUCCGCCGGCUGAGCCCAACAUCCAAGAGGUGCACAAGGCAACGCAUUCAGCACUGCAAUCGACAGCCAGCCCAGCACCAGGUGGCAAAUCGAGAGCUGACAACGAUAUGAUGCCCAUUAAAGGUGGCACCAUGACCGAUCUGGAUGAUGAAAUGACUGGCGGCAGUGCCGCCCAAGCAAUGUCUACCGGCGAUGGCGACAAUUCGCAAACGGGCAAGACCAGCGACAACAGCAACACCCAGGAGUUCUCAUCGUCGGCCAAGGAGGACAUGGAGGACAACGUGACCGAGCAGACGCAUCACAUAAUUGUUCCCUCAUAUUCGGCCUGGUUCGACUACAAUUCCAUUCAUGUCAUUGAAAAGCGCGCUAUGCCCGAGUUCUUCAACAGCAAGAACAAGUCCAAGACACCAGAGAUUUACAUGGCCUAUCGCAACUUUAUGAUUGAUACCUACAGGCUAAAUCCCACGGAGUACUUGACCAGCACGGCAUGUCGCCGUAAUUUGGCUGGCGAUGUGUGCGCCAUAAUGCGCGUUCACGCCUUUUUGGAGCAGUGGGGCCUGAUUAACUAUCAGAUCGAUGCCGAUUUGCGUCCGACGCCUAUGGGACCGCCGCCCACUUCUCACUUUCAUAUAUUAUCGGAUACGCCGUCGGGUUUGCAGGCGAUCAAUCCCCAAAAGACACAACAACCUUCGGCAGCGAAAACGCUACUUGAUCUUGACAAGAAGCCACUGGGCAAGGAAGGUGGCGUCGAGUGCGAUAAGAGUGCGGGCGGAAUGGGAAUAAAGACCGAAACGCUUGAGAAUGGCGCGGCUGGCGGCUUGGCUUCUGGCGUCAGUCAGUUUGGCCUUAAACUCGAUCAGUAUGCCAAAAAGCCGGCUGCCAUGAAGAAUCGUACAGCGGCGAGCAUGUCGCGCGAGUGGACCGACCAGGAGACGCUGCUGCUGCUCGAGGGUCUGGAGAUGCACAAGGAUGACUGGAACAAGGUGUGCGAGCAUGUAGGAACUCGCACCCAGGACGAGUGCAUUCUUCACUUUUUGCGUUUGCCCAUCGAGGAUCCGUACCUUGAAGAUGAUGGUGGCUUUUUGGGGCCACUUGGAUGUCAGCCCAUUCCAUUUAGCAAAUCUGGCAAUCCAAUUAUGUCGACGGUGGCAUUUCUUGCAUCAGUUGUUGAUCCACGAGUCGCCGCUGCAGCAGCCAAGGCCGCCAUGGAGGAAUUUGCAGCUAUUAAGGAUGAGGUGCCAGCCACUAUUAUGGAUAAUCAUAUGAAGAACGUGGAGAAGGCCUCAGCUGGCGGCAAAUUCAAUCCGAACUUUGGUCUGGCCAACAGUGGCAUUGCCGGCACCGGCAACGAUAAAGAUGAUGACGAAUCAAAGGAAGGCAACAAUAGCAGCAGCUCCACAACGGCUGCUAACGAUGAGGAAUCCAAGGAUGCAAACAAGAAAGACGCCACAGACGAGGCAAAGUCCAAAGACAAAACGAAAUCGGAUAAGCUCAACACAAACACAGACUCAAGUUCCACAUCAACAUCAUCAACGACAACAACAACAACAACAAUAACAUCAGCAACAACAACAACAACGCCCAUUACCAAUAACACUGAUAAAAAAUCUAAAGAAUCGUUGUCGUCGUUGUCCGGCGGCGACAAAGCCAACAAAACUGACAAAUCCAGCAAUGCCUCAAACAAAACGGCUUCCAACUCCUCACCCACAGAGACUGGCACCGUCACCGGCACUGGAACCGGCAGCGAUGUGGAGAUCAAAACGGAUGACAACAGUGGCGAUGGCGAGACAAAGGAUGGCAGCAACGAUGCGAGCAGCGGAGCUCUUUCCACCAAGGAGGGAGCCUUCAGCGAGAACAAUAUGCAAUCGGCGGCAGCAGCGGCACUUGCCUCGGCAGCUGUUAAGGCGAAACAUUUGGCGGCGCUGGAGGAGCGCAAGAUCAAGUCGCUGGUGGCAUUGCUGGUGGAGACACAGAUGAAGAAACUGGAAAUCAAGUUGCGACACUUUGAGGAACUGGAGGCCACCAUGGAGCGUGAGCGCGAAGGCCUUGAAUAUCAGCGACAACAGCUCAUUACGGAGCGUCAGCAAUUCCAUCUGGAGCAGUUGAAGGCGGCCGAGUUUCGAGCACGCCAGCAGGCGCAUCAUCGUCUGCAGCAGGAGCUGCAGCAACAGGGACAGGCGGCCGCUGCCGCUGGUUCUAUAAUAUUGCCACCCCAACAGCAGCAGCAACAACAACCACUACCGCCGCCGCCACCGCAUCAUCAUCAGCAACCGGCGCCACCGCAUCAGCACCAGCCACAGCCGCAGCCCCAGCAGCUGGCAGCACCUGCGGCGCAGCAUCAACCGUUGCCACCGCAUAUAGCUGCGGCCGGUGCACCGCCCAAUGGUGCACCCUUUGCCGCACCGCCAGUUGUCGCUCCUGUGGUCCCAGUGCCGCCAGCAACGGCAAGUGAGCAACCCGCACCUGUGGUCCCAUCCCAAACGCCCACGCCAAUGGACACUACACCGCCAGCUACUGCACCACCUGCUGCCGAAGCCGCCAGCGUUGCAGCAGUCGCACCAAAUGCUGCGCCUGCUCCUAGCAUUCCAGCGGUCGCCGUUGUUGCAGCUGCUGCACCUCCUCCUUCAACUUAAAGCUAUGUGUAGACAUGAGAAUAACCUUAGCUAUAAGUUGCACGCUCUCAUUACGUACUGUAUACUCUUCUCUCCUGUAACCUUAUUGUCAGCUCCCGCUUCAAAUCCCUUAUUUAGUGUACUUAUGUAUUAUGUUGUAGUCCCUUAGUGGCGCCUAAUGUAUGUAUGUAUAUCAUGUAUGUUACCAUUGGGCGCCCUUUCAAUAUUUACACAAUUUUGAACCAAGUUUCAAACCCAAAACCCGCAUUAAAAUAAAGUCUAUUCAUAUGUAUGAAAA